AUGUCUGCCCACCUUGCUCCUAACAUCGGCGGCGGCUCUAAUCUCAUCGCCGACAACACCCAAACGGCUCUCUCCACCAGAGAAUCCAGCGGCUCGGCAGCUGCCCUUGAGCGUCGGGCUGUCACGAAGCUUCAUGGCGUCUUCGUGCCAUCGUGCAAAGGCGGGACAGUCAUCUACCCGGAUACGACGCUAAAGACUCCCAUGACGCAGCGACGCACCUCCAUCGUCCCGCCAGCACCGGCCACCACGCUUCAUUGCACCCUACUCAGUCGCGGAGGCGACGAGACAAUGACCUGGACUCCCCAAGCCAGCCCAGUUUUCCGUCGACCUUCCCGGUGUAUGAGUAUGGACGAAACUGGUGUCCAGUCCCAAAGUCAUUGUCUGCCGAAAGCUGUGGAGGAGGUUGUCAACAAACGACACCUGGCUGGCGUCUUCGGUCAAGAAUUACCAUUUAAGUCAUCACUACCCGAAGACUUGAGCCCGAGGCACAGGACGCCGCCAAACGGUCAUCGAUCCGCCCUAACGACAUCGUCUAAAACUCAACGGGACAUCGCGAGCAUCGAGAAUCCACAAUUCGUUCAGCCUGGGCAAACGCCAGGCAAUCCUGGACGUCACGGCUACAUGUUGUGGGGGAAGUCUCAUGGGGUAAUACAGAGCAUCAUGGCAAAGGUUCGAAACCAUCUUGCAGGACAUCGAAAGCCAGACAACAUGCCGGCCGGGGAAGCUGCUAUCUCCGCCAUAUGCCCCCGACGUUCUUGUCAAUACAUUUUAAGCGACAAUCAAGUCCAAGAUGUCGUCGAGAUUGUCUUCCAAGAGAUGUGCAAGCACGGUGCCCCUUUUCAAGACCUCAAAGCCGUCGUAUCUCAGCAGACGACGGGCAAUGCAGACCACACUCGGUUAUCCAGAAAGCCCAGCUGCCUCAAGAAUGCCAUUGAGCCACAGUCUGCAACCAAAGUCGACCCUGCAAUUACCCUCAGCGAGCCGAAGCCCUCAUUCUUUACUCGAAGCACAUCUGAUGGGCAGGUCCGCUCCAGGACCAUGUCCCAACAAAUGCCCCUCACGACGACUGUUUGCGGGAAGAACCGCACCAGCAUUCGAUGGUCUGGAAGCAGGCAGACUGACGAAACAGAUCUGGAAUCAGUCAACAAUGCCCCACAAGUCCCAAGGACCACCUCUUUUCAACCCAGCUCCUCUUCCAUGCUCGAUCCAAACACUACCGACGAAGCUCCUCACCUCGUCUCCACUCAGUCAGUCUGCUCAGAGACACCUGUCUUCCAUGGCUUCUCUCUUGGCUCCAACAACAAUUCGGCUAUCAGCCUGCAGAAGGAAAACAUCAAUGAGUCAGGGAUGGAAUACGACAAGAUGGCGAGCCGCAAAAUGACUUCGUUUCCAGCGCUUCCGAAGCGACAUUGCACCAAUGAGUGGAUAAGCCCUCCUGCAAGUUUCAUUGCACCCGAGAACGAUACCAACAUGUACCACCUUGGAAUUGACGCAAGACUUGGUAGCAUCGCCCCGAUUGACUACGAGGUGGCUAAAGAGCAAGCGAAGGGGACGGAGUCACGCCACGGAAUGUUUCAUGGCUUUUUCAACCCCAACACGACCAAAAUCUCCCGCAGAUUGUCCGACAAUGUCCGUGACAGGCAGCCGUACAGGGAGAAUAGAUCGUCACUUGCAUCUGCCGAAAGUGGGAGACGGCGGUCUGCUCAUUUCAUCGAGCCCCGUGUUCCCGACACAGACCCUGGCUUCAUGCACAAUCUUUCUCGAAAGAUCAAUUCCGUCUUUCAAGGCAACACUGACAGUAACCGCGCAACCCGCGCACCAGCGCCAUCGGAGGCAGAUGGGCAGGUUUCUGUAAAGUUUGCCGAAGCACUCAGCACAUCUCGACCCGGCGCGGGAGGCGAUGAACCAGUCGUUAGACACCUCUCCGAGCCCGAGUACAAUGCCAUUUACCAAGCCAUGACGUUGCCAAAGCCAAACAAGGGGAUUCUACAGCGUCACAGCAUUGUCUUGGAGGACAGCAUCCCUCAUGUGCGCGAGGAUAAGCUGGGCAUAUCGGGGCUGCCCACGCCUAGUGCUCAGUCGAGUCCGUGA